UCCGGCCAACGUCUUCGUGAGCCCAGGUAAAACCACCGAUGCGAGCCACGCCAUUGCUGCGCUCCCCUUCAGUUUCGUGUUGUCGGGCCGGAGGUAAAGAACUCCGUGACCCUGAAUUAUAUUUUACAUCGUGUCCACACGGAGUUACAGUUAAUUAGUUAAUAUUCAUCGAGUGACAAAACCAGAAAUUCAUUUUUUUCCAAUUUUUUAUGGUGAAGAGUGAAAGGACGCUCCGGUGUGUUAACCGACUACUCUUCCAGUGUUCAUGUGCCCUGUAAGGAGUAAUUUUUAACUAGGAAGGAAGGGACCUGCAGACUUGGUCACCAGCAUCCACGUGGUUGGAGUAUUUCAUCGUCUAUCUCGGUCGACGAACUCACCAGUGAGCGGAGUAAAAGCGAAGCACGCACCAUCGACUACGCUACAGAAACAGCACAGAACGCUGCAGAUAUUUUCUCCCGUCAAUGCAACACUCUGAAGCAAAGUGUUGAGAGCAGAAAACUCUGGAAAACUGACCUACAUUAUUUUAAAAAUGUUGAUAAGAGCAGUGACGGCCGGCUGGGGGGUCGUUCUUUUCCUGUGCCAUCUCCAUCUAGCAAAUACUCAGAUCUCCAACAAUGUCUUCACAUGUCCAAACGGAUGGGAAUUGAAAGGGAUCUACUGUUACAAAUUCUUCAAUAUCAGGCAUUCGUGGGAAAAAGCUGCCGAAUUAUGCAGGAGGUACGGUAGCGAUCUCAUGGUGGUAGAAUCGUACAUGGAAAACAAUUUGACAUCAGGGAUGAUUGGAAGACACUUGGAUCGUUACUGGUUGGGAUUAGCAUCCUUGGACGAUCUUCGCACAAAUACUCUUGAGUCUGCAGCGGGAAUGCUUGUGUCCCAGUAUGCCGGUUUCUGGGCGUCAAAGCAACCAAACCCAGCAUCCGGUGAGUGCGUAGAUGUAGCCGUUACCGAUGACCAACAGCAGUCCUGGGAGUUAACAACCUGCGAAUCACUCCUACCAUUUAUGUGCCGAGCCUCCGCAUGUCCAGCAGGAUCAUUCCAUUGUUCAAAUGGCAAAUGCAUCAACUUCGCCUUUAAGUGCGAUAAGCAGGAUGAUUGCGGUGACUUCUCUGACGAAAUUGACUGUCCUAACAACUGCCAAUUUUACAUGGCCAGCAGUGGUGACGUGGUUGAGUCCCCGAAUUAUCCACAUAAAUACACACCCUUAAGUAACUGCAAGUGGACCCUGGAGGGUCCCCAGGGACACAACAUUCUCCUCCAAUUCCAAGAAUUCGAAACGGAAAAGAGCUUUGACAUUGUUCAAAUUCUUGUUGGUGGUAGAACUGAGGAAAAAUCUGUAAAUCUUGCCACCCUCUCCGGCAAACAAGAAUUGUCUACCAAGCUCUUCGUGUCAGCCUCCAACUUUAUGAUAAUUAAAUUUAGUACCGACGCCUCAGUAGAACGAAAAGGUUUCCGUGCCUCUUGGAAGACAGAGCCCCAAAAUUGCGGCGGAAUUUUACGAGCCACUCCCCAGGAACGAAUUCUGAUUUCUCCCGGAUACCCUCAGAAUUACCCAGGAGGCCUAGAAUGCCUGUACAAUCUUCAAGCCCAACCUGGCAAAAUAAUCUCCCUUGAAAUUCAGGAUAUGGACCUUGAGGCAGAACGAGACUAUAUUCUCGUGCGAGAUGGUGAUUCCCCAAUGAGUCGUCCAAUAGCAAGAUUAACAGGAAAAUCCGAGGACAAUCCAACAGUUCUUAUGUCUACCAGUAAUAGCCUCUAUCUGUAUUUGAAAACCUCUCUAGGAGAUUCGCGAAGGGGCUUUAGCAUCAGGUACACCCAAGGCUGCAGGGCAACGAUAGUUGCCCUAAAUGGUACUCUUCAAUCCCCCUCAUAUGGUCUAAACGAAUACCCCAAUAACCAGGAAUGUCUUUAUACUAUAAAAAAUCCUAAGAAUUCAGCCCUCUCCCUCAAGUUUACAAGCUUCAAUGUCCAUACCACCGACUACGUUCAAGUUUACGAUGGAAGCAACACAAAUGGACUCAGAUUGCACUCUGGAGAUGGCUUUACAUCAAAUACGAUUCCAAAGAUCACACUCACAGCUGAGAGUGGAGAAAUGCUGGUGAGAUUCGUUACAGAUGCUUUGAGAAGCUCCUCCGGAUGGCAGGCGAUCUUCUCUGCAGAUUGUCCGAUUCUUGUCGCUGGUGAAGGUGCCCUCGCCAGUAACAGAGAUACAGCAUUCGGUACUGUAGUAAUGUUCUCGUGUCCCAUGGGCCAAGAGUUCGCCACAGGAAAGUUGAAGAUUACCAGUGAAUGUCUCCAAGGCGGAAACUGGUCAGUCACAUAUAUUCCAAAAUGCCAGGAAGUUUACUGUGGUCCAGUCCCACAAAUCGAUAAUGGAUUUUCCAUCGGUUCUUCCAACGUUACAUAUCGAGGAUUAGCUACUUAUCAAUGUUAUGCGGGAUUUGCUUUCCCUUCAGGCAGACCAACAGAGAAAAUAUCGUGCAUGGCUGACGGUCGUUGGGAGAAAAAACCCUCGUGUUUGGCCUCUCAAUGCGCUCCUCUACCCGAAGCUCCAAAUGCCAAUUUAACAAUUUUGAAUGGUGGUGGUAGAAGCUACGGAACAAUCGUUAGGUUUGAGUGUGAAUCGGGAUACGUUAGAAGUGGGCAUCCAGUAAUUUUGUGUAUGAGCAAUGGUACUUGGUCUGAUAAUGUUCCCACUUGCUCCAGGGCUCGGUGUCCCAUUUUACCAACCAUCAAGAAUGGCUUCGUCGUCGAUAAUGAUAGAAGUUAUUUUUUCGGGGAUGAGGCACGAGUGCAGUGUAAUCGAGGCUACAAACUUACGGGUAAAAAUAUCAUCCCCUGUGGCGCUGAUCAACGGUUUGAGAAUGUACCUUCCUGUGAAGAUAUCAACGAGUGCUCCUCAAGUCAGUGUGACUUAGCCUCCACUGAAUGCAUAAACAUGCCAGGAGCUUUCUCCUGCAAAUGUAAACCUGGCUUUGCACCGACCAUGGAUUGUAGACCAGUUGGCGAUAUUGGACUGAUAAAUGGGGGAAUUCCCGAUGAGUCCAUCACGGUUUCCAGUUCUGAAAUGGGUUACAGGAAAAAUGGGGUAAGGUUGAGUAGUGGUGACGGCUGGUGUGGUAAUAGCAUUGAACCAGGAGCUAACUGGGUGAUGAUUGACAUGAAAGCUCCAACGAUUGUUCGAGGAUUUAGAACCCAAGUGGUAGCAAGAAAUGACGGUAAUAUUGCAUUUGCCUCGGCCGUUAGACUACAAUAUACUGAUGAUCUAGGAGAUGUAUUCAGGGAUUACACGAAUCCCGAUGGUACUCCUGUGGAGUUCCGAGCUAUAGAGCCUGCUCUUUCCAUUCUUAAUCUUCCAGUUCCAAUCGAAGCACGAUAUAUUAAGUUUAGAAUUCAGGAUUACGUCAGUGCACCUUGCACCAAACUCGAAAUCGUUGGUUGUACUAGGCUAGAGUGCACUGACAUCAAUGAAUGUGCUAGUAAUAAUGGAGGCUGCCAUCAGAAAUGCAUCAAUAGUCCUGGAAGCUAUUCCUGCAUGUGUAAUACUGGAUAUGAACUCUAUAAAGGAAACGGCACUGCUGGAUUCAAUAUCGCUAGAUCUGAAACUGGAGAACGGGACGGGGAUAUUUAUCAGAGAAACAAGACUUGUGUACCAGUGAUGUGUCCAACUCUGCCAGCUCCUGAGAAUGGGAAAAUUCUUUCUACAAAAGAUGAAUUUCACUUUGGAGAUCUCAUCAAGUUUCAAUGUAAUUUUGGCUACGUUCUCGCCGGAUCAUCGGCUGUUAUUUGUACCUCCAGUGGAGUAUGGAAUGGAACGACACCUGAAUGUCAAUUUGCUAAAUGUGUCUCCCUUCCUGACGAUAAAAACGAAGGUUUAGCUGUCAUUAGAACCGAUGAAACUAGUGUUCUAGUACCUUUUGGACAUAAUGUUACCCUAAAAUGUGGAAACACUGGACGAUCAUUGAGAAAUACAGCUACUUCGGGUUUCAGACAAUGCGCUUAUGAUCCGAAACCAGGUUUGCCUGAUUAUUGGUUGUCAGGAUUUCAACCUGCUUGCCCAAGGGCUGAUUGCGGACUACCCUUACCAACCCCUGGGGCUGAGUAUGGACAAUACGUCGAUACAAAGUACCACUCACAAUUUUUCUUUGGCUGCCAGGAUACAUUUAAACUCGCAGGACAGACUAAUAAUCAUGAUAAUGUCGUUCGCUGUCAAGCCAAUGGUGUCUGGGAUUUUGGAAACUUGAGGUGUGAAGGUCCAGUUUGUGAUGAUCCUGGAAGACCCAGCGAUGGCUUUCAAAUUGCAAGGUCUUAUGAGCAAGGGUCAGAGGUGCAAUUUGGCUGCAGUAGACCAGGAUACAUUCUCAUUAAUCCAAAGCCCAUUGUCUGUCGCAGAGAGCCGGAGUGUAAAGUGGUUAAACCCCUUGGUCUCACUUCUGGUAAAAUUCCAGAUUCAGCGAUUAAUGCCACCUCAGAACGACCAAACUACGAAGCUAAGAAUGUUAGGCUCAACUCUGUAACUGGAUGGUGUGGUAGACAAGAAGCAUUCACUUAUGUGAGUGUUGAUUUGGGUCAGGUAUUUAGAAUUAAAGGAAUUCUUGUUAAAGGAGUAGUUACUAAUGAUAUUGUCGGUCGUCCCACUGAGAUCAGGUUCUUUUACAAACAGUCAGAGAGUGAAAACUAUAUAGUUUACUUCCCUAAUUUCAACUUAACUAUGAGAGAUCCAGGAAACUAUGGAGAACUGGCCAUGAUUACUCUCCCUAAAUCUGUUCAAGCGAGAUUUGUGAUCAUUGGAAUUGUAAGCUAUAUGGAUAAUGCUUGUUUGAAAUUCGAAUUGAUGGGAUGUGAGGAACCCGCUGUGGAACCAUUGCUAGGUUACGACUAUGGCUAUUCACCUUGUGUCGAUAAUGAGCCUCCACUUUUCCAAAAUUGUCCCCAGCAGCCAAUAAUGGUACAGAAGGGACCAGAUGGUGGACUUUUACCAGUCAAUUUCACAGAACCAACUGCUAUAGACAAUAGUGGGAGUAUUGCGCGUCUUGAAGUUAAACCCCAGAGUUUCCAAACGCCGAUAAGAAUCUUUGAAGAUACCGUGGUGAAAUAUGUAGCAUUUGAUUACGAUGGAAACGUUGCAAUAUGUGAGAUAAAUAUCACAGUUCCUGAUCUAACGCCUCCGAAACUUAGUUGCCCCCAGAGCUAUGUCAUUGAAUUGGUAGAUCAUCAGGAAAGUUAUACUGUUAAUUUUAAUCAAACGAGAAGAGAUAUCAAUACAACAGAUGCUUCAGGUCCAGUGAAAAUAACUUAUGUUCCUGAACGUGCGAUUAUUCCCAUUGGAGGAUUUGAAAACGUAACAGUUUAUGCCACUGACUCCAGUGGAAAUCGAGCCUCCUGCCACUUCCAGGUUUCCGUCCAAGCGACUCCUUGCGUAGAUUGGGAGCUAAAACCUCCCGCCAAUGGUGGAUUGAAAUGUGUACCAGGAGACAAGCCCAAAUCCCUUCAAUGUAUCGCAACCUGUCGGUCGCGCUACAGAUUUACUGAUGGUGCACCAACAAAGUCAUUUACUUGUGAUCCAGUAAGACGAUGGUCCCCCAUGUCCGUUGUCCCUGAUUGCGUUUCCGAAAAUACUCAGCAGGCUGAUUACAAUGUCAUUGCUUCGGUCACUUACAGGGCCAACGGUGCAGUUUCCAGGGGCUGUUUACCUCAGUACCAAGAGUUAAUGGCCCAGUACUACAUGGGACUUAACAAUAUUCUCACUCAGAGGUGUUCCGCUGUCAAUGUUAAUAUGAAUGUCUCCUUUAUUCGUUCAAUACCAACGCUUGUUGAAGAAAAUGUCCUUAAAAUGGACUUCAUCCUCGUAAUCGUGCCAGCAGUACGUUCUACCCAGCUAUAUGACCUCUGCGGUUCCACUUUAAGUCUCAUCUUCGAUCUUUCUGUACCUCAUGCAAGUGCUGUGAUCGAACCCCUGUUAAAUGUAUCGUCCAUCGGUAAUCAAUGUCCACCUCUACGUGCGCUCAGAUCAUCAAUUAGUCGAGGAUUCACUUGUAGUAUUGGGGAAGUCCUGAAUAUGGAUACAAAUGAUGUUCCACGGUGUUUGCAUUGCCCAGCAGGCACAUACGCUGGAGAAAAACAAAAGCAGUGCACAUCAUGUCCAAAAGGAUUUUAUCAGAACAGCGAUCGUCAGGGUUCCUGCCUCCGUUGUCCAUUCGGAACUUACACGAAGGAGCAAGGAUCCAAGAGCAUUGAUGAUUGCAUUCCAGUCUGUGGUUAUGGAACUUACUCUCCAACAGGUCUAGUUCCUUGUUUAGAGUGUCCUAGAAAUUCUUAUACCGGGGAACCACCCAUUGGCGGCUACAAAGACUGUCAGACCUGUCCUGCAGGUACCUUCACUUAUCAACCAGCAGCACCAGGACGCGAUCGUUGUAGGGCUAAAUGUGCACCUGGCACUUAUUCAGAUACUGGAUUAGCUCCAUGUGCACAGUGUCCCAAGAAUUUUUAUCAAGCUCAACAUGGCGCCACUACUUGUAUGGAGUGUCCAACAAAUAUGUAUACAGAUACCGCUGGAGCAGUGGGUAGAGAGGCAUGCAAGGUCGUUACCUGCACAGAUAAUGUUUGUCAACACGGUGGUCUCUGUAUUGCCAUGGGCCACGGAGUCCAAUGCUUUUGCCCCGCUGGCUUCUCUGGACGUCGUUGCGAAAUGGAUAUAGAUGAAUGUGCAUCACAGCCUUGUUUCAAUGCUGCCACUUGUAUCGAUCUCCCUCAGGGAUAUAGGUGUCAAUGCACCAACGGAUACUCAGGAAUUAACUGUCAGGAGGAGAAAUCGGACUGCGAUAAAGACACCUGUCCUGAGCGAGCUAUGUGCAAAGACGAGCCUGGAUUUGGUAACUACACCUGCCUCUGCAGAUCUGGUUACACUGGAGUCGAUUGUGACAUUACCAUUAAUCCUUGCACAGCCACAGGAAAUCCUUGUCAGAAUGGAGCUACAUGUAUUGCUCUUCAACAAGGUCGAUUCAAAUGCGACUGCCUAGCCGGAUGGGAGGGUCAGAGCUGCGAAAUCAAUACUGAUGACUGUGCUGAGAAACCCUGUCUCCUUGGGGCUAAUUGCACGGAUCUUAUUGCCGAUUUCACUUGCGACUGUCCGCCAGGCUUUACUGGUAAACGUUGCCAUGAAAAAAUCGAUCUCUGCUCUGGGAAUCCCUGCUUGAAUGGUAUCUGUGUGGAUAAUCUCUUUGAACAUGAGUGCAUCUGUCAUACGGGAUGGACAGGACCAGCUUGUGAGACCAAUAUCAAUGAAUGUGCAUCCAAGCCUUGUCAAAAUAAUGGACAGUGUUUGGAUCAGAUAGGUGGAUAUACCUGUACUUGCGAACCCGGAUAUACUGGUCAGCAGUGUCAGCAUACAAUUGAUGACUGUGCUGUAGAGCCUUGUCAAAAUGGAGGAACUUGCCUCGAUCAACUCGAAGGAUUUGUCUGCAAAUGCCGACCGGGAUUCGUAGGACUUCAGUGCGAAGCUGAACUCGACGAGUGUCUCAGCGAUCCCUGCAAUCCUGUAGGUACCGAUCGCUGCGUAGAUCUCCACAAUAGUUUCUUGUGCCACUGCCGAGAAGGAUAUACAGGAACAGCUUGUGAGAUUAAUAUUGAUGACUGUGCCUCGGAUCCAUGUUUCAAUGGAGCAACAUGCAGAGAUGAAGUCGAUGGCUUUAAGUGCCUCUGCAAAGAUGGCUGGAUGGGUAGCCGAUGUCAGACUGAUAUAGGAAUGUGUACGAAUCAUCCUUGCCAAAAUGACGCUGCGUGUGUCGAUCUCUUUCAGGACUUUUUCUGUGUUUGUCCAUCAGGUACAGAUGGUAAACAGUGUGAAACUGCGCCUGAGAGAUGCAUCGGCAAUCCUUGCAUGCACAACGGACGCUGCCAAGACUUUGGAUCCGGUCUGAACUGCACUUGUCCCGAUGAUUAUACAGGAAUCGGCUGCCAGUAUGAGUAUGACGCUUGUCAGGCCGGUGCUUGCAAGAACGGUGCUACUUGUAUGGAUAAUGGAGCUGGAUUUACUUGUAGCUGCCCAUCUGGAUAUACUGGUAAAACUUGUGAGGAGGACAUUAUCGAUUGUAAGGAAAACUCUUGUCCUCCAUCUGCCACCUGCAUUGAUUUGACUGGAAAAUUCUUCUGCCAGUGUCCAUUCAAUCUUACCGGAGACGAUUGCAGGAAGUCCAUCCAAGUGGAUUAUGAUUUGUAUUUCACUGAUCCAUUACGAAGCAGUGCUGCUCAAAUCAUUCCCUUCUUUACGGGAGCUCAGAAGAGCCUCACCAUUGCCAUGUGGGUGCAAUUUACCCAAAAAGACGAAGCAGGAAUAUUCUUCACACUGUACAGCGUUAGUUCUCCUCACGUUCCUACAAAUCGUCGACCGAUGAUACAAGCCCAUAGCAAUGGAGUCCAAGUAUCUCUCUUCCAUGAUAUCCAAGAUGUCUAUUUACCAUUCCGAGAAUAUGCUACCAUCAACGACGGACAGUGGCAUCAUGUAGCCAUUGUUUGGAAUGGGGAAAAUAGUGGAGAGUUGACAUUGAUUACUGAAGGAUUAAUUGCUAGCAAGACAGAGGGAUAUGGCAGUGGACGAACUCUUCCGGCAUAUGGAUGGUCUGUUCUCGGUAAACCUAGGAGUGAAUCACCCAAAGGAUACACUGAAUCAGGUUUUCAAGGGCACUUGACGAAAGUUCAGGUCUGGUCUAGGGCCCUUCAUGUUACCAAUGAGAUACAAAAGCAGGUGAGGGACUGCAGGACAGAGCCAGUUUUGUAUCAGGGAUUGGUGUUGACUUGGGCUGGUUACGAUGAAAUUGGUGGUGGAGUUGAGAGAGUCGUACCUUCGCACUGUGGUCAAAGAAUAUGCCCACCUGGUUAUGGGGGAAAUAAGUGUCAACAACUUGAGGCAGAUAAAAUUCCACCUAAAGUUGAACAUUGCCCUGGGGAUCUAUGGGUCAUUGCCAAAAAUGGAUCGUCCAUUGUAACCUGGGAUGAACCCAAUUUCUCUGACAAUGUGGGAAUCGCGAGAAUCCAGGAAAAGAGCGGACACAGAUCUGGACAAACACUUCUCUGGGGCACUUAUGACAUUAGCUAUGUUGCUUAUGAUCAGGCCGGCAACUCGGCUAGUUGUAAUUUCAAAGUGUAUGUGCUCUCAGACUUCUGUCCAGAGCUGGCUGAUCCCAUUGGAGGAUCACAAUUGUGCAAAGAUUGGGGAUCUGGUGGACAAUUCAAGGUCUGUGAAAUUUCUUGCAACUCAGGACUGAGUUUCUCCCAAGAGGUGCCUAAAUUCUAUACUUGUGGGGCUGAAGGCUUCUGGAGGCCUACAAUAGAUCCCAGUUUACCAAUUGUAUAUCCUGCUUGUACAGCGGCUACUGCUGCGCAGAGGGUUUUCAAAAUUAGGAUGAACUUCCCAACAAGUGUUUUAUGUAAUGAGGCUGGUCAAGGGGUACUCAAGCAGAAGGUGAGAAAUGCGGUAAAUUCGUUGAAUCGGGACUGGAACUUCUGUUCAUAUUCGUUUGAAGGUACUAGAGAGUGUAAAGAUCUUACUAUAGAUGUUCAGUGUGACCACCGAUCAAGAACAGUGCGAGAAAUCAAUACUGAGGAUGGAGGAACCUAUGUGAUAUCAGCUGCUGUUCCAUCAGAACCAACGAGACAAGCUCGCCAAGGAAGUGACACCUACGAGGUGGAGAUAUCAUUCCCGGCGAUAAACGAUCCCAUUCAGAACACCAAUUCUAACGAUCGUGCCACUGUCCAAAGCCUUUUGGAGAAACUCAUUCUGGAAGAGGAUCAAUUCGACGUACAUGAUAUUCUACCGAAUACAGUUCCCGAUCCAGCUUCUCUGAUUUUGGAGUCUGAUUACGCUUGCCCUGUUGGACAAGUUGUCAUGGCUCCUGAUUGUGUUCCCUGUGCAGUCGGCAGUUUUUACAAUGAAGCUCUUCGAAAAUGUGAAAUGUGUCCCAUUGGUACGUACCAGAGUGAAUCUGGCCAGUUGAAAUGCAGCAGUUGUCCAGUAAUAGCAGGUCGCUCCAGUGUAACAAUUGGCUCAGGUGCACGAAGUGCUGCGGACUGCAAAGAGCGUUGUCCAGCGGGUAAAUACUACGAUGACGCAGCAGGUCUCUGUCGUAGCUGCGGCCACGGAUUCUACCAGCCGAGUGAAGGAAGUUUCGCUUGCCUUCUCUGCGGCCUCGGCAAGACAACAAGAACAGCUGAGGCCGUCUCCCACGAGGAAUGCCGUGAUGAAUGUGGCUCUGGCCAGCAAUUGGCUGUUGAAGGGAAGUGCGAACCCUGUCCAAGAGGCACCUACAGGACCCAGGGAGUGCAAGCAGCCUGCCAGGCUUGUCCAUUAGGGAGAACAACCCCUAAUAUGGGAUCAGCAGCUAUUGAAGAGUGCUCCCUACCAGUAUGCGAACCAGGAAGCUACCUCAAUGGAUCAUUGAAUGAGUGUAUCUCCUGCAAAAAGGGAACGUAUCAAUCUGAACCACAGCAAACCUUUUGCAUCCCCUGCCCUCCCAAUACAAGCACCAAGGGAUCAGCUGCUACCAGCAAAACUGAAUGCACAAAUCCUUGCGAAAUGAAUGGAGAAGACUUGCACUGCGAUGCAAAUGCCUACUGUCUUCUCAUACCCGAGACCAGUGACUUCAAAUGCGAAUGCAAACCUGGUUACAAUGGCACUGGAAUGAUCUGCACUGAUGUCUGCAACAACUACUGUGACAACGAGGGGGUCUGUCUUAAAGAUUCCAGGGGUCAACCGUCCUGCAGGUGCAGUGGAAGCUUUACUGGAAAGCAUUGUACUGAGAAAUCUGAAUUUUUUUACAUUACUGGAGGCAUUGCGGCAGGAGUCAUUCUUAUCAUCUUCAUUGUUCUAUUGGUAUGGAUGAUUUGUGUCAGAUCAUCGAAAAAAAGAGAACCCAAGAAGAUGCUCACUCCUGCCACUGAUCAGAAUGGCUCACAAGUCAAUUUCUAUUAUGGCGCACCAACACCUUAUGCCGAAUCCAUUGCUCCCUCUCAUCACAGCACUUAUGCUCACUAUUAUGAUGAUGAGGAGGAUGGCUGGGAAAUGCCUAAUUUUUAUAAUGAGACUUAUAUGAAAGAGAGUCUACAUAAUGGAGGCAAGAUGAAUAGUUUGGCUCGCUCAAACGCAAGCAUUUACGGCACGAAGGAUGACCUCUACGAUAGACUGAAACGUCACGCUUACCCCGGAAAGAAAGACAAGAGCGACAGUGACAGUGAGGGCCAGUGACCUCGAAAGAUGUCAACGUUCCUGAGCACAAGAGAGGGAACGUGAAUAGAAUGUAUAUCAAAAAGAUACUCGGAAGUUUACUCACUUCCCUCAACGAUUCUUGGUUUUCUAUUAUGAAAAUUAGAUAGUGGAGAACGACUCUGAAGUCCUGGAGAAACGAUCGGUAACAUGGGCCGAUUGUUACUUCGGCACUGGUCGAGAAUGCAUUUUGCCGAAAUAAAAAGUUUCUCUGUGGCUCUUCAUCCAAUGAAAAACUAUUAACAGUGCGUCCGAAUGAUGUUGUGUAUGUAUAUGAAUAUUUCAUUUCUUGUGUGUCUGUCAUUAUUGUAUUUAAAUAACACUUAUUGUAAUUUUUGAAGGAGGGUCGGGCAAAAUAUAAUAUAUUCUGUUGAAAAAUUCUGAAACACAACGUGCGAAAAAAAUUGAAUUGAAUUUUUAUUGAAAUUUCUGUGGGCGUCUUUUAAAUAGAAAUUUUCAAUGGAAUAGAACUUUUCUAUAUGAUUUAUUGCAUUAUGUUCAUUAAUAUGAAUAUUUCGGCUGAAUUAUUUUGAAAGGUUUUUUGUUCGAUUAUGUCACUAAAAAAAAAACGGAAGAAUUGGAAAAUCUCAGGAAGAUUACAAAAUUCUAGGAACAAUGUAAAUUUUGUAAUUUUCCUUAGAUUUUUAGGUCUUCCUCAAAUAAGUAACUGAGAGAUAAAUCGAAUUAAUUUCAUAGAAAAUCUCGCAGUGAAAAGUUGUAUAGGAAAAUAAAAUUCCCCUGACUUUUCCCAUAAAAAAUUACGAUUUUUUCUGUCGAAAAAAUAUACACUAAAAAGCUGAGGAGUUGUUCAAUAGAAUUGACCAAAAAUUAAUAGAAUGCCCACUAGAAAUAAGGAGGAAUCUUCCAUGUAAUUCGUAUGUUUUGCUAUUGAUUCUUGUCAAAUGUAAAGGGCACAUAACAAAAUGGGAUAUAUCAACUGAAUUAUUUUUUUAAUGAAAAACAGUUGAAAAAUGUUACGAUGCAUGAGUACAUCCUAGCAAGAUAUAAAUUUUCACAAAUGAUAAUUUUCACUCUCUCUCUCUCUCUCUCUCUCUCUUUCUUCUCUAUUUUAUACAUCUCGUAAAAAGCGCCGAAACAUGUUAUUAAAUGGAAUUAAAUUUACAAUCUGAGACGGUGCGUACGCGAUAAAAGUGCUGAAUGGAAUAAUUUUUUUAAAAUUUAUAUAUAAUAAUUGUUGCUAUACAUAUGUAUCUGUUUUGUAAUAUACUCAAUUAAUACUAGGUAAUGUUAUUCAUCUAGGGCUAAGUAAAACCAGAAAGAAAAUACUGGAAUAAAUGUUAAUUUUAAUAUUUGUAAAGAAAUAA